UAAAAAAAAAGUUUUUUAUUUCAAAUUAAAUAUCAUUAAAAAUCUACUAAGGUGCAAUUUUGUCAAUUAAGAAUUUAUAGCUUAAUAUUUUAUAACAACAUUAGCUAAAUCAUGGAAUAUCUGUGAACAGUUUUAAACAUGUUUAAUCAUCUGAAACAAGUAUCUUCAUACACCAUACUAAAGGCAUUAAUCCAGUUAUAAUAUAAAAAAUAUACAAUAUAUCAACUAUAUUGUCCAAAAAGAAAAACCUGAAUAUGUUCACUACAUCUUUGUUGUUGUGGAUCAUUUCGGUGCUGCCAUCAUCUUCUGGAUUCAUCGGAUACGAUUGCGCAUCGCAAAAUUUAAAUGUAACUACACUGUCCUUAUUGGAUGUCGACAGUUGCGAAUUGCCCCCCAUUUCUAUCACCACACAAGAGCAAUACAUUGAAUUAUUACAAGUUAAUACGUACAAAGAAGCGACCGUUACCCAAUGUAAAAUAGAAGUUCACCGCACAGUUUAUCACUGCGGAAUGUUUUCGCACAUAUCAGUAGUUAUAGAGGGUGAAAAUAAUUAUAUCAAAUCUAUAAGCAGAGAGGCUUGUCUAGAAGCUCACAAGUUUGGACACUUUAGAAUUAGAGAUGAUCAUAUAAUUGAUGGACUGAGGGUAAAUAACACAGUUACCAUUCCAACAUUAUUUGCAGGAAAUUUGGAUAGAACAGGUAAAUGUAAAGGAGCAACUUUCUCAGAUCCGUAUGGAACAUGGGAAAAUGUAGUGGUUCAAGGGACUGUGACAAUAACCCUUAGCGAUCAUCAAGCUAGAAUCAACUUGGAAAACAACAAGAUUCAUUUACGUUCCGGAACAGCUUGUCCUCUAACUGAGAGAACAUGCAUGGAUCGAGAUGAAGGCAAUAGCUUCUGGGAGCCAGUACCGAAGGACAUCUGUAAAUUUGAUAAAUAUACUGUACUUUACCGAGGCAUAGCAAGCAAAAUGACGGACUACCAAGUUAAUAAUACCGAGACAGUAUAUUCAAUAUCAUCUAAACAAAUAACAUUUGCCUUGAUGACAAAAGGUGUUGAAAAUUUAUGUGGGUACAAUCUAAUUACUACAGAACAUCCGCAGCUAAUUGUUUUUGAAACGAACCCAGGCAGAACUUUUGCAAGUAAUGAAAAAACUAUAUCGAAUUUAGAUAAUUUUUUGUUUAUGAAUUCAAAAUUUCUAUAUAUUGAAAAACAUAUAAGAACGCAGAUAAAAAAUUUAUACAGAGAUGUAUUAUUACAAAAGUGCAAUUUAGAAAGGCAAACAUUGAAGAAUUCGUUAUCCAUCGCCAUGCAUUCUCCUGAUGAAUUUGCAUACGACUUCAUGAAGAAAGCCGGCUACAUGGCAGUUGUAGCUGGCGAAGUAAUACACUUAAUUGAAUGUUUACCAGUGGAGGUCCAAAUUCAACAAGGCACAGCAUGUUAUGCAGAAAUUCAAGUCUCUAGAAAUAAUAAAACCUAUUUUAUGAGUCCCAGAACACAUAUUUUGAAAGGUACUGGAACAGAAAUUCCAUGCAGCCGAGUACUUCCUGUUCAUUUCUUCUUAUCCGGAAAAUGGUAUAAAGUACUGCCAUUCCUUACAACAGCAACAACUCCAAACGUGAUUAAACCAGAAACAAAACCAACUUGGGAAUAUGAAGUUCCAGCCAAUCUUGCUACCAGUGGAAUAUACUCCCAAUAUGACAUAAAUUUGCUUUGGGAGAGAAUAAUGUUUCCCGUCGAAAAGAAAGCAGUUUUAAGCGAUUUGGCUCGAGAAAUAAAAGGGUAUAGAAUUUCGAAUUCCGGAGGAAGUUUUGGAAAAUUAUUCGACAACAAUGCAUUAGAAAAAAUUAUUGAAAACACUUGGACGAAACUGUGGACAAAAUUCACUACCUUCGGCACAUUCGGUGCUGGGGUCUUAUUUCUUAUAUUCAUAUACCAGAUAAUCAAAGGAGUAAUAGAGAUAGUUUUGCAAGGUUAUGCUCUUCACUCUAUUUUCGGAUGGUCGCUUCAUCUACUUGGAGCACUGUGGGGUUCUCUAACUCAUUUCUUAAUACAUAUGGCAGACACACCUAAACAAACUAGAGAAGAAUUAGAUAGAGAAUUAGAAGAAAUUGUAAUAAAAACUACUACUACAAAUCCUGUUGCAGUUCAAGCGGAAAGCAGUAUGAAUAGAAAAGAAGAAAUGUACCCCUCAAGUGAAUUGAAUCAAAUAAAGUCAGGGAAAAUUUCCAAAUUUUAAUUUGUGUAACAGCUAUAUUAUAUGAAUUUUGUAAUAUUUUUUAAUGUAAUUUCAUAUUUACUUAACUAAGAGAAAGAAAGUAUUAGUUGUUAUUCGCAUAGAGUACAACAUGUAACAUUAAAAUAUGAUCCAUAGGAAAUUAAUGAAAGUAUAAACAAGGUGUUCAAUUCAUGACCAUUUAGCUUCCUCAUCAUGAUGCACUUAUGUUCAAGAUUAAAAGAAGGAUUACAAAUAAAAUUGCGAUCAAUUUUAUAAAUGUUGGUAAAAUGUAAAUUUUAUAUACAUGAAUCGAUUCGUUUUCAUGCCAGG